ACCACAGUGCUUGUAGGGCUACUCUACCCUGGUCCUGGAGGGCCACAGUGCCUGUAGGGCUACUCUACCCUGGUCCUGGAGGGCCACAGUGUCUGUAGGGCUACUCUACCCUGGUCCUGGAGGGCCACGGUGUCUGUAGGACUACUCUACCCUGGUCCUGGAGGGCCUCAGUGCUUGUAGGGCUACUCUACCACUGUCUUGGGAUUUCAUUCUGUGGUUUCUGCAUCAUCAGACACUUGGGAUAUGUGUGCAGGGUGAUUUUUACUGAGGUCUGUCAGAGAAACCUGUCAGUGAAAGAGUGAGAUUCCUGUGUGUCUCUUCACAGCUUGAGAUGUUUUGAAUUUGGUGCCAAGAGUGGAUGAAUCCGCUCCUCACAGAACUGCUCGUAAUGCAUUUCUCAGCCUGGAAUUGCGAAAUGUCACUUGCUGAACCUGAAAUGCUGCAACAGUGAUGGCGUUAAUACAAGGUUACUGUUCCAUGACCGAAGAAUACUGUUCCUGGCCCCCAAAAAAAGCUGGUCUUAUUUUUCUUGGGUGGCACCAGGAGAGAUGGCGUUGAGCGAGCUCCCCUCCCAGGCGCUGAGUAUGUACAAUGAGAUGAUGAAAGUGAGAGACGCCAGGACAGAUGGCUGGCUGCUCAUGUCCUCUCCAGCCCCUCAGACCGUCAUCAUCGUGGCGUACAUCUACUUUGUGGUGAAACUGGGCCCGCGGUUCAUGGAGAACCGCAAGCCCUAUGACCUGAAGCGCGUUCUGGUCGUCUACAACUUCAGCGUGGUGGCUCUCUCCCUCUACAUGUGCUACGAGUUCAUCAUGUCCGGUUGGGGGACGGGGUACUCUUUCCACUGUGAUCUCGUGGACUACUCCAUGGCUCCUCAGGCCGUAAGGAUGGCCUCGAUCUGCUGGCUCUACUACUUCUCCAAAUUCAUCGAGCUGCUUGAUACCGUCUUCUUCAUCCUGCGGAAGAAGACCAGCCAGAUCACUUUUCUCCACGUCAUUCACCACGCCAUCAUGCCCUUCACCUGGUGGUUCGGUGUCCGGUUUGCCGGAGGUGGGAUGGGAACCUUCCACGCCUUCCUCAACUGCAUCGUCCACGUGAUCAUGUACACCUACUAUGGCCUCUCUGCCUUGGGCCCUGCCUACCAGCGCUUCCUGUGGUGGAAGAAGCACCUGACCUCCAUCCAGCUGAUCCAGUUUGUGUUGGUGACCUCGCACAUUGGCCAGUACUUCUUCAUGAAGGACUGCUCCUACCGCUUCCCCAUCUUCAUCUACAUCAUCGGCCUGUACGGCCUGCUCUUCCUCUGCCUCUUCAUCAACUUCUGGUACCACGCCUACACCAAGGGCAAGCGGCUCCCCAAGGUCCUGCAGAACGGGACCAACGGAACCAACGGCACCAAUGGCACCAACGGGACCAACCACAAGGUUAAGUGAGGGCCCCCCCCCCAAUAGCCCCCCCCCAACAGCCCCCCCCCCCCA